AUGAGCAAAGACCAGUGGCAGUGCCGUGACGGUAUGUGCAUUGGUUUUGACAGAAAAUGCGACGGCAUCGUUCACUGUCCGGACGGCAGCGACGAGACACACCCACUUUGUAGAAACAGUCGUUGUCAGAACAACUGGUUUCGGUGCACAUACGGCGCGUGUGUAGACGGGACGGCGCCCUGCAAUGGCGUACAGGACUGCGCCGACAACUCGGAUGAGCUGCAUCCACGCUGCAGGAACGAAUCCAGACCCUUCAAUUUCGGAGCAUGCUCCAACGGGGAAUAUAUAUCUCCUGAAUACCAGUGUGAUGGUGUGCGUCACUGCUCGGACGGGUCGGACGAGUGGGUGGGGUCCUGCGCGGCGCAGACCUGCUUCCCAUACCUGUUCCAGUGCGCAUACGGCGCCUGCGUCGACCGGGGAGCAGCCUGCAACGGCGUACAAGACUGUGCGGACGGUUCUGAUGAAUCUGAUGAACUGUGCAACAGAAUUAUAACGACGCCUGGUAUAAGCACCAGAUUAGAUGAUAACAAAAGUACGACUCAAACGGGUGGAUGUAUCUUACCCCCGUACCCAGAAAACGGACGAUAUAUAGCGACAAACGCUCCCAACGAUGGCCCAGGACAAUCUUCUGAUUUAUACCUCCUGAAUAUUACCUGCGAUACAGGGUAUAGGAUACUUGGUGAGAGCAAUGUGUACUGCUUCCAAGGGUUCUGGAGUACUUACAAUCUGCCAAGUUGUGUUCGCUACUGUAAAUUUAUACCACACCCAAGUGUGGAAUACUCCUGCGUGGUAUCAGAUGGUACAAUAGAAGGACGUCGAGCCUGCAACGAGUAUGAACCAGACGCGACUGUGGUCCGGACCCAAUGCAGGAACAAUUAUUACGGGGACCCGCCCACUAUGACGUGCAUUGAUGGGGCUUGGGACUUCCUUGCUCGCUGUUCACCAGAAUGUGGACAAGUCACGCCAGAUGGUGAAGAACUGAUCAUCGGUGGACGUCGAGCUUCACGCGGCGAGUUGCCGUGGCAUGCCGGAAUAUAUCGGAAGACCACAACUCCAUACAUGCAGGUCUGCGGCGGGUCCCUGGUCAGACCCAACGUGGUUAUAUCAGCGGCGCAUUGUUUCUGGAGCGAGGACGUGGGUUUACUCCCCGCUAGAGACUUUAGCGUCGCAGUUGGGAAGCUGUACCGCCCUUGGGAUGAUCCUAUGGAUAUCGACGCGCAGAAAUCUGAUGUCAGCUCGAUCCACAAGCCCCCGCACUUCACGGGCUCCUCAUCCAACUUCCAGGAGGACAUAGCGGUACUGAAGCUGACCACCUCAUUCCAAUACAAGCCCCACGUUGGUCCCGUCUGCUUGGAUUUCGACGAGGUCUUUGAUCAGUAUCAACUGGAUAGGAAAAGACUUGGAAAGGUGGCCGGUUGGGGUCUGACCAGCAUCAACGGUGAUGCGUCUCCCAAACUGAAGGUGGUGGAACUACCCUCGGUGGAGUACAACGAGUGUUACGAACAAGUGCCCUAUAACUUCCGCGCUUACCUCACCAGCGACAAAAUAUGUGCUGGAUACAAAGAUAAUGGCACGGCUCUCUGUAAAGGCGACAGCGGGGGCGGGCUGGCGUUCCCCGAGUUCGAGCGGACCACGGUCCGGUUCUACCUGCGCGGCGUGGUUUCCACCGCGCCCAACGACGAGAACCUCUGCAACGGGAACACCAUCACCGCCCUCACUCACAUCCUCAAGCAUGCCUCUUUCAUAAGGCAAUAUCUGUAGAUCUUGUAAAUUUAGUGGUA